AUGUCUGAAGAUAACUCUACUGCUACCAAUAUUCCGACAACGCAAGCUGCAUCAAUGCAUGUGUCUCCAUACUAUCUCAGUCAUUCAGACAAUCCUAGAGCUCUUAUUACGUCGGUUCUACUUACUCAUGACAACUAUUUGGAGUGGUCUACGGAGCUUCGUAAUUCUCUGCAAGCCAAGCAGAAAACGGGGUUCAUCGACGGUACCAUCACGAAACCAGCAACCGAACCUGAUCUAUCAAGGUGGCUUGCAAUUAACUCUAUGAUCGUCGGAUGGAUACCACAUAAGCUUUGGAAAACUUUACGCUUCCGCUUCUACGUCAAGAAUGGAACUCGUCUUCAUCAGAUACAAGAUGAGAUUACAAAUUGCAGACAAGAUGGGCAGUCGGUUCUUGAUUAUUAUCGAAGACUUACGAAGCUUUGGGAAGAGUUACAGAACAUGAAGACAUCUCGAGCUUGUACCUGUGCUGCUGCCGCGGACAUAAUUUUAGAAAGAGAAGAUUCUCGUGUUCAUAAAUUCCUAUUUGGCCUUGAUGACUCGCACUUUACUUCCAUUCGAUCUCGGAUCACUGAUGAAGAGCCUUUGCCAGACCUCAAUAUCGUUUAUUCCCGUGUUAUUCGAGAAGAACAGAACAUGGUUUUAGCGCGAUCUAAAGAACAACGCACUGAAGCUUUGGGUUUCUCGGUUAAAACCGAUUCUCCAAAAGAUACUACUAUCUCUACAAGCGACACACCACAAUUACGUUCUAGAGAUCCUGCACGAUCUUGUACGCAUUCUGGUAGGAAAGGACAUGACAUUACUGAGUGCUUCCUGGUUCAUGGUUAUCCUGAAUGGUUCCAUGAACAACAACGACAAAAUGGCGCGUCAGGAUAUCGAGGCGGUCGGGGUGGACGUUCCAACAAUAAUCGUGGACGUGGACGAGCUAACGCAACACAGACCACGUCAACAUUCAACUCUGACCAGAUUGCUUCUCUUAUUUCUCUCCUACAAAACCAGCAAACUAACUUGUCAUCGGAGCGAUUAUCGGGUAAAACUACCUUGACUGAUGUUAUUAUUGAUACAUGUGCUUCCCACCAUAUGACGGGUGAUAUUACUUUACUACACGAUGUCCUUGACAUCCCUUCCUCAUCAGUAACAUUUCCGAAUGGUCGAGAUUCACACGCCACGAAACCGGGGACGUUGCGUCUUAGCAAAGAUUACUCGCUUCAUGAUGUUCUCUUUGUUCCUGAUUUCAACUGCACUCUCAUCUCAGUUUCCAAAUUGCUCAAACAAACUGGAUGUAUUGCAAUCUUUACUGAUACUUUGUGUGUCUUACAAGACCGUUCUUCCUGCACAAGAUCAGAGUAUACUCCUAGCACGGUCUCCGGUAAGACAUUGUAUCCUAUUGCUGAUUAUAUGUCUACUACUGCCUUUAAUGUUAAACAUCAGGCUUUUCUUUCUGCGAUAACAACGGAUUUUGCUCCAAAGACGAGUACCAUUCUUGACAGCCGUAAUAAGAGCUCCAUAAACAUCUCCAGGAUGGUAUCAGAGCCAGAGAUCUCUUUGACCUAA